UGGCGCAGCUCUAUUGUUACUGUCACUCUCACGGUCUCUCACCCUCCUCCAGAGAGCUUGAGAGUGUCUGAAAGGGCGUUACACGUUCCGUCAUGCAAACCUGUUGAGAAAUGCUUGCCAUAGUUGCGUUUAAAUUGAGGUUGUCUUUGAUUGCUUGAGCUUUCUGAUUGUUUCAAACUUGUUUGCAAUCGGUUCAGUGUUGCAAGUUGUGCAUGUGUUAUCAGAGAAUCGGAAUAUUAUGCUCAAAUCUUCCAAAUAGAUUGGGAAAAAAAGAGAUUGGAACCUAUCAUUUUCAGCCACGUAGAGUUUGCUUCGUUGGGUAUUCACCUUACGCCUGUCGAAACGGUUGCUUGUCCCAAGCAUGUCUGCUUCCUGAAACAAGGUCACUCCUGCCCAUUCCAACGGCCUUUUGUUCAACACCUCAUGUGCGUCUAACUCCGUCUGCAUUCUUGCCGUCAAGACGAAACUUUGAAGGCUAUAUUCCUCGUAGCUGCUCAGGUUCAUCGUUGCGGAUCUAUACCCGGUCAUCAUUGUUAUCCCUCUCGCCAUCUUCAGCCCUCAUGGUGUCCGCCCAGCUUCCCUCUUCUGACGUAGCCCAACGGUCAGAGGAGUGGUUUGCCCUCCGGAAGGACAAGCUCACCACAAGCACCUUCAGCACUGCAUUGGGCUUCUGGGCCGGCAACAGACGGUCGGAGCUGUGGAAUGAGAAGGUAUUUGGACCAACAGAACUCAAGUUGGCGGAGGCAGCCAUGUCUGCCAUGGCCUGGGGAACCAAUCAUGAAAGCAUGGCGGUAGAGCAGUACACAAGCAUCACAGGAAGAUCGGUGGGUUCCCUUGGCUUUGCAGUGCACACAGAGGCUAACUCUGGAUGGCUUGGAGCUUCACCUGACGGCAUUCUUGGGUGUGACCCCAAUGGCGGGAUCCUGGAAGUCAAGUGUCCAUACAACAAGGGUAAGCCUGAGCUUGCUCUGCCAUGGCGUAUCGUGCCAUACUACUACAUGCCGCAGGUGCAGGGCCUGAUGGAGAUAAUGGGUAGAGACUGGGUCGACCUCUACUGCUGGACCCCCAAUGGGAGCAGCCUCUUCCGGGUCCCUCGAGACCGCGCAUACUGGGAGCUCAUCCACGACGUCCUGCGUGAAUUCUGGUGGGGCAACGUAAUGCCUGCACGGGAGCUCGUACUGCUCGGGAAGGAGGCCGAAGCGAGAUCCUUCGAGCCACAGCCCAAGCACCGGCUCACGAACCUGGUGAUAGUUAAGAGCAGGAAGCUGGCUUCUGAAGCCAAGUUGUUGUGUAGGGACGUUGGUGGGCAUGUAGAAUUCUUCCCAUGAGUAAUUCUGUCAAUGGUUGUACAAUGUAUUCUGGUAUUCUUUAAUUUAAAUCAAAUCCUGGAUUACUUACUCCCAAAA